AUGCCACCCAAUCAACGGGAGAUUCAGCGACAGCUGAUGAAAAAGUACAACAUCAUUUUUGAUGGGCCAAUUGACUCAAUCCCCAAUCCUCAGUGGCCGAGCAAUUGCAACACCAUCUUUGACCAUAUCCGACAACUUGGUAGAACAGACUACUCAGAAUACCGCGAGAGCAUAUCCGCAGAUUUCACACGCUUCCCAUGGAGGCACCAGGUUCAGCGGCGCGCAAAGCGUAUUGCAGAGAGCGCCAAACGCUGCUUGGGGAGCAGGAAGAAUGAAAGCGGAUGGCGGUUAGCACUCGAAUCUGAAGUCAUGGCCCGAUUUUCUGUAGAGAUUGCGUGUCGGAAUUGCCGCGGCCGGCUUUGGCGCUCUGAGCAAGAAGUCGAACCAGGCACUCAACCCGCUGAGGAGGGCGAUGCUAAUUCUCUCAGGGCUCGGCAAAGGAGACGCCAGCCCUGCACAUGUAAUCCCAAUAACUUGUCACGAGAUAUACCAGAGCAAGGAAUUAGCCCUUUGUUCGACGAUAGAGCUGAAGAAGCAAUAAUCUACUCAAGUGAACUACGGGCCGAACUCCCAAGACGCGAACAUCGCCCUGAUCGUGUUUAUGGACUCCAAGUCACUGAAAGGUUCUCUCGGCUACUACACUAUGCCGAGGAUAUCAGGAGUAGCCCGUUCAGAAUUGACGGGGACCCUCUUGUGUUUCCCUUUCUCGUCAUUGAGGCAAAAUCCGAGAAGAGCACUGAUGGUUUCGCCAAUAACCAGGUUCAGACUGCCUUCGCUAUUCGAGAGCUCCUGUCUAUACAACACGAACUAGCACAGGCUACUAAUGAAGGGAGGGAAUGGGAUGGAGGUCCACUUGUGUGGUUCCUAUCCUACAGAGGCGAGGAGUGGAGAGUAUUCGCCGCCUACAUCCACGCUACCCAUGAUGGGAUGUCUUAUCGAGUAGUUCGCCUUUGGAGUGGCGAAGUCGACUCCCUGAAUGGUGCGCUUCAACUACUUCUCAUCAUCGACUAUAUCGCUGAUUGGGCGCGGGACAUCUACCGCGAGGGUAUUGCACAUAGCCUUCAGAAGUUGGCACCCAUCGACUCAGAAAGCUUGAGGCGCGAUGACGAUAUCUUGUCCAAGGCUGGAAAUGUCAGAUCAUGGAUUUCCAGUAUUUUUGAAAAGAGCCAUGACGCAAAAGCCCAGCCAGUGCGAGACCCUCUAUGCGAAUUCGACUGCGCCCUUGGGGUCUUCCGAGACGCUAGAUUUGUUGAGUCCCAGUGCAUCGGUCUAGUUAUCACCCACCACAAUGUCGAAUACUUUCUACGGACAGCCACCACGGACUUGGAGACAAGAGAUCUAAUAUCGGCUCUUAUGGACAGUUUAGAGCGUCCCUGUCUUGUGAAGGGCCAAGUACUGAAUGAUUUGGAGCUCAUGUGGACAGAUACUGAUCGCAACAUGACUGAGAUACUCAAUCCAGAAGAGGUUUUCUAUGUCGUUGUGGUAGCGAAAUUCUAUCUCAGUCCAGGAUGGAAGCCGACGAGAGAAUUGACUCAUCUAGCGAUCUCGAAGAAACUUGUUCAAGACUCCAUGCGGCACCCAGCUGGACCCCUUUCGCGCAUCAGACAACUGGAUGAGGCGCCGCUAGUUGAAGACCUGGAAUCAUUCCGCGGCCUUCUCCAUAUGUCGGCCGAGGAUAAUUUGAAUGCUUGUCUUUAUAACUUUUGCCUUCGGACUGAUACGCCAAAUAGAGCACGACGUUCGGAAAUCAACUACGUUUGGAAGACCUUACCGACAGUUGCAUCGGACGAUGCUGACCCGAAGCUACAUGGCCGAGUCUUGCAGGCAUGUGCACAACCCAACACAAGGAAAUUUGUGCGUAAGCUGCAUUCCAUAUACAAGAUUGGGAGGAAUGAAGCAGAUGUUUCAUUUAUCCGUGUAUCAUCAACCUUGGAUCAACUAGCCAGUCGGGAGGAUUUGAAACUUCGACCGAAUCUCUUGGAACGGACUGAAUGGCCAUGGACAGACGAUAGGGGGUUGAAAACAAUGAAAACAUUGAAUAGGGAGUUGAUCGUCGUCACGAGGACCGCUGUGGUCACAUAUUUCCAAGCGGCUAUGUGCGUAUUUAUCCUCGAUUCAUCACUAGCGCAACGAGGUAUUCCACAAGCUCUCUUCUCUUGUCCACCUGAGUUUCAUGUUCUCAUGUUCAACUUUGACGAGGAUCCCAGCGACAUUGGUCGGUGGGGAACCUCACUAUCCCCUGAAGAUGAGUUCAGAAAAGGUUGGAACUUUGCCAUUCAUACUUCAGACGACAUCAGUCGUCUCACGGAUCACUUUCAGAACUUCAAGCGGCAGCUACGGCAGUAUCGGGGGUUUGGAUUGCUAUCCAAGUGGAAGCAUGUUACCACGGGUUGGGCCAAGGAUCAGAAUACUGGAUCUCUGGACUCUACCUCAAAUCGACCUUUUAUAAGACAUUUAUACCAGGCUCCGCUGAGUAGCACAUUACUCAAAGAGGAAGAAGGUGAGUAUGACGGAUUGUCUUCAACACCCUUCUACUCCGGGGUCGAGCAGGCGAAUGAUGCUACAGCGAGAACACCCAGGCCAUCAGAGAGAACGACUGAAUCAGUACACAUACCAACACGUGAAGGAACAGUGCAAGACCCAGGCAACACUCCAGACGGCGACGGCCGUGCGAAUCCCUCUACUAUGUCAGAGCGACGAAAAGGAAAAAGGCCCAUGGGAGUGGUGGACGAAACUGACGAGGCUGAAUCGUCGGCACAUGCAGAACGACGAGCUCGUCAGGAGCGGGAAGUUACCCAACGGUUUAACAGUGACUUUCUUUCUGAUGAGGAGCUGGAACAAGUAUUGGCAAAGGGAAGGCUUUCUUGA